AUGAAUGCUGCUGAGAUUACUGCGUGCGACGAUGACAUGGAAGAUACCGUAAGCCAAAAAGCAAGGCAACAAAUAAUUGAAGAUUACCUUAAAAAUAUUGACGCGGAUAUGUCUGAAUCAUGUGGUGAAGAUUUGCGAACCCCCAAGAGGCAUAGAAUGGAUGAAGAUGAAGGUGAAUGGACGUCAGUAGGAAAAAAAACAAAGACUGGUAUUAUAGAAAUAUACAUUUCAUUUUCGGAGAUAUUGCCAAAACAGUUUGCAUUUGCUAAACUUCUAAAAAAUAACAAUAUAACAGAAAUUGAAAAAGUUAAAUACAUGAGCCCCUUCAAAAUAAGACUUGACGUUUGUGAAGAGAGUGCUCACAAAAUAUAUAACUGCAAGGACUUUAUUGACAGAGGGUGGAGGAUAUAUCGGGCGAUGGAAAGAGACAUCUCUCAUGGUGUGAUAAAGGGAGUUGACCUGGAUCUGUCAUCGGAGGACAUUUGGAAACGAAUUGAAUGCCCCAGCAAGAUUGAACUAAAGUCUGUAAUGCGCCUCAAUCGACGUAGUGAAUCUGCCGUGUCUGGUUGGUCUCCAAGUGAAAGCGUCCGCUUGAGUUUCAAAGGCGAAGAAUUACCACCUUACGUGAUAGUAGAUGGCCUCAAAAUUAAAAUCGUACCAUUUGUGUUUCGAGUGUCGCAAUGUUCUCGAUGUUGGAGACUGGGUCAUUUCUUAAGAAGGUGCCCUAUGACGAGAAUGGUAUGCCCUAAAUGUGGAGGAAAACACGAAAAUUGUUUAACGACAUCCUACAAAUGUGUUAACUGCGGCGGGAACCAUAUGGCGAUGUCAAAGAUAUGCCCAGCUUAUCUGAAGGAGAAGAAACUACGACAAAUCAUGGCGGAAUGCAAUUGUACAUAUAAGAAAGCUUUAACGAUAUAUACUUCAUCCAAGGAAGAUAUACCUACGAGACCAACGUCACCUGUUAUUCCUUAUACAGUAGAUCCCAACCCAUUCGCACCGUUGUCUACGGAUAAAUCAAGUUAUGCAGAAAUUCUCAAAACUAGCGCAGACAUUCAUACACUACCGAAUAAUAGAAAGUCACCUAGUUCGAGUACACCAAAAGCAGCGAGGGCACAGAGAAGAAGGACCUCAGAAAUAUCCGUAGAAAAUAGUAUUAGACCUGACGAUGUUAGCUGGAAGGAAAAAGAUGCAGAACCUAAAAAGAAGUUCCCUUUUGCAGAACUCUUGAACAGACUAAAAAAUAUACUAUUUUUAAAAGGAAUUUCUAUGCAAGAUAAAUUGAAAAGUAUUGUGAAGAGUUGUUUAGAUUGGGUGUUUUCCGCAUUGAUGGAGUUUUUAUCUGACUGGUCACUAUUACAAACAAUAAUUGAAUCUUUCAUCAAAAAUGGCUAA